CGACACCAGAAGCGGCAGCAAAGCCGGGGGUGGAGGGCCGUCCGCGCACGCGUGCGCAGAGGCACAGCAUGGGGGCGGGAGCCGCCGAGCCCCUUCCCGGGUUUGUAAAGAUCGUUGCUAGGAAGAACUUCUGGUACAAUAAUGAACCCAAGGUACUCGAUGAUGGCUCAGAUCUCAAGAUCUCACCUGGUAAAUGCUUCAGUGAUUCCUAAUCGAAUGAAAAUGCUUUCAAAUCUUGGUGUCAUUAGGUAUAGAAUGAUGUCAACCCAUAAAUCCAAAAAGAUCAGAGAGUAUUAUAGGCUGUUGAAUCUUGAUGAAGAAUGUUCUGUGGAUGAUGUCAGACAAGCUUUUCAUAAGCUGGCUAAGCAGUACCAUCCAGACAGUGGCUCUAAGACAGCUGAUUCUGCAACAUUUGUAAGGAUCGAAGAGGCUUAUAGGAAUGUGAUUUCCCAUGUGAUAGAAAAAACAAAUGCCAGACGAAAUAAAGCUGAAGACGAGGAAGAAGAAGAUAAAUUCAAAUAUAAAAUACCCCAACACCGGCAUUAUUUAAGUUUUGAAGGUAUUGGUUUGGGGACUCCAAGUCAACGAGAGAAGCAAUAUAGGCAAUUUAGAGCAGACCGUGCAGCUGAGCAAGUGAUGGAAUAUCAAAAGCAUAAACUGUACAGCCAGCACUUUUCUGGUAGUGUAAUUGUUCAAGAUGUAAGAGAGAGUAAAAAACAAAAAAUAACGCAAGCAAUUGAGCGUUUAGUGGAGGAUCUCAUUCAGGAAUCGAUGGCAAAAGGAGACUUUGACAACCUCACUGGGAAAGGAAAACCUCUAAAAAAAUUUUCUGGCUGUUCAUACAUUGAUCCCAUGACUCACAACCUGAACAGAAUAUUGAUAGAUAAUGGAUAUCAACCAGAGUGGAUCCUAAUGCAAAAGGAAAUAAAGGAUACUAUUGAACAACUCAGAGAGGCCGUCUUAGUGUCAAGAAAAAAACUUGGGAAUCCAAUGACACCAACUGAACAGAAACAGUGGAACCAAGUAUGUGAGCAAUUCCAAGAAAACAUCAGAAAACUAAACAAGCGAAUUGAUGAUUUUAAUUUAAUCGUUCCUCUCCUGACCAGGCAGAAAGUCCAUUUUGAUGCACAGAAAGAAAUUGUCAGGGCCCAGAAAAUAUAUGAGACCCUUACAGAAACAAAGGAAGUCACAGAUAAAAACCCAAAUGUCAUUGAUCAGGGAGAACGGGAGAAAGCAACUGACUUCAAGACAGGUUUUUUUAAAUGGGUGAAUUUGUGGAGAUUUAUUAAAACAUGAACAUUCAAUGUUCACCAUCAGAGUAGUGUACCAAGUCAUUUUCAGUUGCACUAACAUCAAACAUGGAUGUUGAGAUUUAAGAACUGUGUGUCUGCUUUUCACCAAAACUAAUCACGUCUCCAGUGGUGUGUGAAGAAGCUGUAAGAGAAUCAGAGAAAUUUUCAACCACGGCUUUCCUCUGAUAGCAAGAAAUGAAGACAACUUACUUCUAUGUCUAAAUAAAACAACUUAAUCCGUUUCAGAGUUUAAAUGUUAUCAGGUGAAACGAGCUAAGAUGGGUACUCAGAGCUGGGAACCAUACACGGUACCCCAAAAUCCUUGUUGUUGUUGUUAGGUGCCGUCGAAUCAGUUCCAACUCUUAGUGACCCAUGUACAACAGAACGAAAUACUGCCCAGUCCUGUGCCAUCCUCACAAUCGUUGUCAUGUUCAAGCCCACUAAAACCCUUAGUGCAGUUCUAAUAAUAAGUUACUGUGUGCCUUCUUCAAACACAGGUACGCAAACAAAAAACAAAAUUUAUUAUCAAAAGCUACAAAACUAGAGAAGCACGAUGAAACUUAAGCAACUAAACUUUCAAACUUUUUUUUUUUUUUGUAAGUUUGCCGCAUUUAUGCUUCUGAGGUUAUUAAAGCUUAAACUGUACUAAGACUUUUGGGAUGUUCUUUCUGUGAGUGGAAAUUUUAAGAUCAGGAAAUUCAACUAAUGGAGUUACCACACUCCCCUUUCUGUAAAGACCUUUUUCUGUGGGUGCUACAUGGAAAAAGCAGCCAACGGCUGGGGUUGUGCUUUUUCUUGUCUCACUUUAUAAUUCAUUGGCUGUAGAAAUCGAUCAGCCAAGCUCGUUGAUUUAACUACCCUAGAAAUAAAUACCAGUGCCACUUUUAAAGAGCUUCAGUGUAUUUUCUGACCUUUCAGAGGUGAAAAAAUUCCAGAGCUCAACGGAGGUUUAAGAUUUCACUUCAAGCCUCAUCUUUAAUCAGAGGUUGAAAUCACAGGUCUCCAUAAACCUACCCUAAGCCUCCCCAUGUCACAUGUCAGACUCCUGAGAGGUGUUUUCAGCCAUAUGAAGGUCACAGUUUCCUGUUUAGGAACGCUUUAAUAAAAAUGUCUUAAUUUUUUGCCAAUUUGCGUCUUUGGCAAGUGACAAGAUAACGAUAUUUCUGAGACUGUGGUGUCCCAUCUACUUCCAGAAAAUCUGACUUUUCAGGUCUGGAUAACUGUUUUCUCCACCAAGAACUGGGCAAUUAGAAGGAUGUGAAGGGUGGUUGAAAGGUCUGUUUCCACAUUUAAUCCAGAACGUUAUUAUAGAUGUGUUUCAGAAGCAUGGCACCUGCCACUCUGACUUUGAAAGAACAAGUUAUUUUGUGAAGCGUGUGAUAGUUAAAACAAAUACCUUUUUUUCGCCUCCCUAUUACUAUAUUGUCAAGAUCUUUCCAAAUCAACAAAUGUGGUUCUGUCUCAUUCUUUGUUAAGCCUGCCCAGUACUGUAUGCUGUCAUGGAAAUCAGAACUAAUCAAUACUGAGCAAACGAAACAACAGUGUAAACCGCAGUGCAAGGUUACGCAAAGAGAGAUUAUGGGGCAUAGAUAGGGCAAAUGCAAGCUGGAGCUACCAGGAAUCAGGAAUGCGAUAUGGCAUAAUAAAACAGAAGAUACCAGGUACACAGAAUGUAACAGUAGCUCACACUUUUUGAGCACAUUCCUUGCAUUAACUAAUUUCAUCCUAACAGCAACACUAUGACAUAGGUACUAUUAUUAACUCUUUUUAAGAGAUGAAGAAAUUGAGGCACAGAGAGGUUAAAUAACUUGCCUUGGGUCACACAGCUAGAAAGUGGUAGUGGAGCUGGAAUUUGAACCCAGGCAGUGUGUGCUCAGCUGAUUCUAGAUCCCUGCUCUUACCCACACACUACACUGUUGGCACAGGAGCCUGGAACAGACCAUACUGACAGCCUACUGCAGCGAAGAGCCAACAACUCCGUACCCUGAGGUGCUAGGGCUGUCUUGGAUCCAGUUUGUUUCACAGUUGAACUGAUGCUCUUGUCCUUGAUCUCCAGUGGGGUCCCUGCCCCCCUCUUGCCCCCAAUACCAAUGAGUGUGAGACAGUGUGAUGGAGUGGAAAGGGAAUGGGCUUCGAGGGAAGCAGAUCUAAAUUCAGAUGCAGGUUUUGCCACUCACCAGCUGUGUGACCUUCCUGAGCUUCAUUUCCUUAUCUGUCAAAUGGGUAUGGGGGACUCAACUUGCAGAAGUGCUGUAAACCUUAGAGAUGAUGAACAUGAAAUGCUGGUUGCAGGGUGAGGUCAGAUUUGGUAGAUCAGUUGUUCUCAAUGCAGGCAUUACUGCCCCUCAGAGGACAUUUUAGAAAUCAGUGGAUAGAGCAAGGAGCUCCAGUGGAAAUGGUGAACCACUUGGACUUUGAACUCACUCAGGAGCUCUGGAGGUGGGGUGGAGGAGGAAAAACCUGGCAAUCUACUUUUGUAAAGACUACUGUCAAGAAAACUCUAUGGGGAAGUUCUAUGCUGUCACUAAAUAUUGGAACUGACUGGAUGGCAAAUAAUAACACAGACAGAGCUUAUAUUUAGCUGAUUUGCACCAGUAUUUGUGCUGUCAAGGAGCCCUGGUUGCACAGUGGUUAAAACACUCGGCUACUAACCAAAAGGCAGUUGGAACCCAUCAGGUGCUUCUUGGGAGAAAGAUGUGGUAAUCUGCUUUUGUAAGGAUUCACAGCCUUGGAAACCCUGUGGGGCAGUUCUACUCUGACAUAUAGGGUCACUAUGAGUUGGACGUGUCUGUCAGCUUGUCAUUCUGUGGGGGCUUGUGUGUUGCUGUGAUGCUGGAAGCUAUGCCAUUGUUAUUCAUUUACCGGCAGGGUCACCCAUAGUGGACAGGUUUCAGCUGAGCUUUCAGACAAAGACAGACCAGGAAGAAGGACCUGGCAGUCUACUUCUGAAAAGCAUUAGCCAGUGAAAACCUUAUGAAUAGCAGCUAAACAUUGCCUGAUAUAAUGCCAGAAGAUGAGACCCCCAGGUUGGAAGGCAUUCAAAAGAUGACUGGGGAAGAGCUGCCUCCUCAAAGUAGAGUCGACCUUAAUGAUGUGAAUGAAGUCAAGCUUUCAGUACCUUCAUUUGCUGAUGUGGCAUGACUCAAAAUGAGAAGAAACAGCUGCAAACAUCCACUAAUAAUUGGACUAUAGAAUGUAUGAAUCUAGGAAAAUUGGAAAUCGUCAAAAAUGAAAUGGAACAUAUAAACAUCAAUAUCCUAGUCAUUAGUGAGCUGAAAUGAACUGGUAUUGGCCAUUUUGAAUCAGACAAUCAAAUGGUCUACUAUGCCAGGAAUGGCAACUCGAAGACGAAUGGCAUUGCAUACAUCAUCCAAAAGAACAUUUCAAGAUCUAUCCUGAAGUACAGCGCUGUCAGUGAUAGGAUAAUAGCCAUUCACCUACAAGGAAUACCAGUUAAUACAACUAUUAUUCAAAUUUAUGCACCAACCAAAGAUGAGGAAAUUGAAGAUUUUUACCAGCUUCUGCUUUCUAAACUGAUCAAACAUGCAAUCAGGGUGCAUUGAUAAUUACCGGUGACCGGAAUGCGAAAGUUGAAAACAAAGAAGGAUCCAUAGUUAGAAAACAGGGCCUUGGUGAUAGAAACGAUGCCAGAGAUCGAAUGAUAGAAUUUUGUAAGACCAAGGACUUCUUCAUUGCAAAUACCUUCUUUCACCAACAUAAACAGUAACUAUACACAUGGAACUCGCCAGAUGGAACACACGGGAAUCAAAUCGACUACAUCUGUGGAAAGAGACGAUGGAAAAGCUCAAUAUCAUCAGUCAGAACAAGGCCAGGGGCCGACUGUGGAACAGACCAUCAACUGCUCAUAUGCAAGUUCAAGCUGAAACUGAAGAAAAUCAGAGCAAGUCUACAAGAGUCAAUGUAUGACCCACCUGAAUUUAGAGACCAUCUCAAGAACAGAUUUGACACAUUGAACACUAAUGACUGAAGACCAGAAAAGUUGUGGAAUGACAUCAAGGACAUCAUACAUGAAGAAAGCAAGAGGUCACUGAAAAGACAGGAAAGAAAGAAAAGACCAAAAUAGAUAUCAGAAGAGACUCUGGAACUUGCUCUUGAAUGUCAAGCAGCUAAAGCAAAAGGAAGAAAUGAUGAAGUAAAAGAACUGAACAGAAGGGUGGCUCGAGAAGACAGUAAAGUAUUGUAACAUGUGUAAAGAGCUAGCGAUAGAAAACCAAAAGGGAAGAACAUGCUCAGCAUUUCUCAAGCUGAAAGAACUGAAGAAAAAAUUCAAGCCUUGAGUUGCAACAGGAAAGGAUUCUAUGGGGAAAACAUUAAAAUGACUCAGGAAGCAUCAAAAGAAGAUGGAAGGAAUACACAGAGUCACUGUAUCAAAAAUAAUUGGUUGAGGUUCAGUCAUUUCAAGAGGUAGCAUAUGAUCAGGAACCAAUGGUAUUGAAGGAAGAAGUCCAAGCUGCACUGAAGGCAUUGGCGAAAAACAAGGCUCCAGGAAUUCACAGAAUAUCAAUUGAGAUGUUUCAACAAACAGAUGCUAGAAGUGCUCACUGGUCUGUGCAAAGAAAUUUAAAGACAGCUACCUGGCCAACUGACUGGAAGACAUCUAUAUUUAUGCCUAUUCCCAGGAAAAGUGAUCUAACCGAAUGCGGAAAUUAUCGAACAAUAUCAUUAAUAUCACAUGCAAGCAAAAUUUUGCUGAAGAUCAUUCAAAAAUGGCUGCAGCAGUAUAUCAACAGGGAACUGCCAGAAAUUCAGGCUGGUGUCAGAAGAGGAUGUGGAACCAGGGAUAUCAUUGUUGAUGUCAGAUGGACCCUGGCUGAAAGCAGAGAAUACCAGAAGGAUGUUUACCUGUGUUUUAUUGACUAUGCUAAGGCAUUCAACUGUGUGGAUCAUAACAAAUUAUGGAUAACAUUGGGAAGAAUGGGAAUUCCGGAACACUUAAUUGUGCUCAUGAGGAACCUGUACAUAAAUCAAGAGGCAGUUGUUUGCACAGAACAAGGGGAUACCGCAUGGUUUAAAGUCAGAAAAGGUGUGUGUCAGCGUUGUAUCUUUUCACCAUACCUAUGCAAUCUGUAUGCUGAGCAAAUAAUCUGUGAAGCUAGACAAUAUGAAGAAGGAUGAGACUUCAGGAUUGUUGAAAGACUCAUUAACAACCUGCAUUAUGCAGAUGACAAAACCUUCCUUGCUGAAAGUGAAGAGGACUUGAAGCACUUACUGAUGAAGAUCAAAGACCACAGCCUUCAGUAUGGAUUACACCUCAACAUAAAAAAAACAAAAAUCCUCAUAACUGGACCAAUGAGCAACAUCAUGAUAAAUGGAGAAAAGAUUGAAGUUGUCAAGGAUUACAUUUUAUUUGGAUCCACAAUCAACACCCAUGGAAGCAGCAGUCAAGAAAUCAAAAGAUGCAUUGCACUGGGUAAAUCUGCUGCAAAGGACCUCUUUAAAAUGUUGAAAAGCAAAUAUGUCACCUAGAAGCCUAAGGUGCUUCUGACCCAAGCCAUGGUGUUUUUAAUCACAUCAUAUGCGUGUGAAAGCUGCGCAAUGAAUAAGGAAGACCAAAGAAGAAUUGAUGCCUUUGAACUGUGGUGUUGGUGAAGAAUAUUGGAUUUACCAUGGACUGCCAAAAGAACGAACAAAUCUGUCUUGGAAGAAGUACAACCAGAAUGCUCCUUAGAAGCAAGGACGGCGAGACUUCAUCUCACAUACUUUGGACAUGUUAUCAGGAGGGAUCAGUCCCUGGAGAAGGACAUCAUGCUUGGUAAAGUAGAGGGUCAGCGGAAAAGAGGAAGCCCUCAAUGAGAUGGACUGACACAGUGGCUGCAACAAGGGGUUCAAGCAUAAUGAUUGUGAACAUGGCUCAGUACCGGGCAGUAUUUCAUUCUGUGGCACAUAGGGUCACUAUGAGUCGGAACCAACUUGAUGGCACCUAACAACAACAACGAGCUGGAAUCCAGUCAUCGACAGUGGGUUUGGUUGUGCUGUCUGGCAUCCAUUCUGAUUGGUCGAUGAGUCCAUACCAUCUGAGUUGUUAAAUAUUUUGAAUAUCAUUCCUGACCACAGAUGUUCUGCAAUGUGCAGGACAGUCGGCCACAGUGAGGAAUUAUUCCACGUCCUGCCUAACUUUCAAAUGUCUCACCAGACAUUGAUGUGUCUGCAAUCAGCUGAGAACUAAGUUAUAUUUUACAUGUAAACAAAACAUUCAUGUGUCUGUAAUCAUCUUAGCCUAGAACUAAGUUAUAUUUUACAUAUAAACAUAACAUUCACGUCUGUAAUCAUCUUAGCCUAGAACUAAGUUAUAUUUUACAUAUGAACAUUACAUACUUUUUGCAUUAUUUUAACAUACAUUUUUUUUUUCCACAAAUACAACUGCUGUGAAAUUGCAAAAAUAUUGUAUUCCUUUUUUCGGGAAUUUUAUCAAGAAUUGUACCCCAUUUCAGAAAAACAUUACUGACACCAUGGCUUACCAAUACUACACACAUACUGCAGUUUGCAUUUGUAGUUUUGAAGGCAGAUAUAUGCUCGUAGAGAUUUGAUAGGUUUCAGGGUAAUUUGUUAUGCAGCGAUGGAAAAGUAAUAUGUUAGAUGUAUAUGAAACUCAGGGAUCUCGUUAAUUUCAUCAAUAAUCGUUGCCUUAAAAAUAUUUCAUAUUGACUGCACUGACAUCGAGCACAACAGAGAAUCCCUGAGGGAGCAGGAGAUCAGUCGGAUGCAGACCCCAAAUUCUCAUAAAAAGACCAGACUUAAUGGUCUGACUGAGACUAGAGGAAUCCUGGCGGUCAUGGUCCCCAAACCUUCUGUUGGCCCAGGACAGGAACCAUUCCCAAAGACAACUCAUCAGACAUGGAAGGGACUGGACAAUGGGUUGGAGAGAGAUGCUGAUGAAGAGUGAGCUACUUAUAUCAGGUGGACACUUGAGACUGUCUUGGCAUCUCCUGUCUGGAGGGGAGAUAGGAGGGUAGAGAGGGUUAGAAACUGACAAAAUUGUCACGAAAGGAGAGACUGGAAGGACUGACUCAUUAAAAAAAGAAUAAGUGGGAGUAUGGAGUAAGGUGUAUAUAAGCUUAUAUGUGACAGACUGACUUGAUUUGUAAACGUUCACUUAAAGCUCAAUAAAAAUUAUUUUAAAAAAAUUUCAUAUUUACUGCCUUUGUAGUUUAAUAACAGAGGCAUUGGUGGUUCAGUGGCAGAAUUCUCACCUUCCACGUGGGAGACCUGGGUUUGAUUCCCCGCCAAUGCGCCUACCACUCAUCUGUAGGUGGAGGCUUGCAUGUUGCUAUGACGCUGGGCAGGUUUCAGGCAAAUUUCCGGCCUAAGAUGGACUAGGAAGAAAGGAUUGGUGAUCAGUCUACUUCCAAAAAUCAGCCAAUGAAAACCCUGUGAAUAACAACGGUGUAUUUCAUUCCAUUAUGCAUGUGGUCACUAUGAGUUGGGGGCUGACUUGGCAGCUAGCAAGUUUAAUGAUAACCUAUUGCUGUCAAGUGCUACUCAUAGGGACCCUAUAGGAGUAGAACCGCCCGAUACGGUUUCCAGGGAGCAGCUGGUGGAUUCAAGCUGCAGACCUUUUGGUUAGCAACAGUAGCUCUUAACCACUACGCCAUUAGGGUUUUCAGGGGCUUCAAAGUCUUUUAAAUUCCCAUUUUCAGUACUUGGACUUAAACAGUGUCCCUUCCCCAAACAAGUAAACAGCAUUUUAUAUUCUGUAGAAAAUUUAAACGGAGCUUUCAAAGGCUGCAGAACUUAUUACGCUGAAAAAUUACGAGGUAGAAUCUUUUCUUUUUAGUUUUUAUUGUGCUUUAAGUGAAAGUUUACAAAUCAAGUCAGUCUCUCAUACACAAAAUUUUAUAUACACCUUGCUAUAUACUCCUAAUUGCUCUCCCCGUAAUGAGACAGCAUACGCCUUCUCUGCACCCUGUAUUUCCGUGUCCAUUCUGCCAGCCUCUGUCCCCCUCUGCAUUCUCAUCUCCCUUCCAGACAGAAGCUGCCCAUAUAGUCUUACGUGCCUACUUGAUAGGAAGUAGAAUCUUUAACAGAGACAGUAGGAAGAGUCCUGAGUAUAAAAAAGCCAACCAUCUGGGUGGAUGGACAGGAAAAGCACCGGGACAGAAUAAGAAAAGGAGUUAGUUGUAGUGUGUUGGUAAUCUAGGGUAACCAGUUCCAGCUGUGUAGCCUCGGUCGAGUAACUUCACCUUUCUAGCCCCCAUUUCUGAACGACAGGGAUUAGAAAAGCGCCUCUAUGUCUAAGGAUUCAGAGAACUUCCCUGGAGCACGUGCCCUACGCUGCGGGGCCUCGACGCAAAGAGAGCCUGUGCCCUCCGGGUCCUGGGCUCCCCAAGCGCGACCUGAGGCAUGCUCUUGAGAUCCGCUUGCAGGCACGCAG